GGAUAUAACAGCCGCUGCGCCUGCUACAGAUUCGGAAGCACCUGGCGUAACACCUGCGGAGGAGGCGACAACGGCAUCGGUCACAUCGCGCGGUGCUGACACGUCGCCUGGAGCAUCGUCUGCAGAACAGGAUAAAACAGCUGUUGUGCCUGCUCAAGAUGAGGCGUCCGACAGAUCGGAAGAUCGGUGGGAUCUGUGUCUUUUUCUCCACUGCGACCCGAAAGGGCGCCCGUACAAAAAAGAGGAUUUUCGUAAUGCACUGAAAGAACUUAAAAUGGACACCGAAGUAGCACGCAUCAAGCCAAUGACCCCCGGAAAAGCAUGGCUGUUGAAGGUGAAGACGAGGGAGGCUUGGGAAAAGCUCGCGAGCCGCUAUUAUAUGCGUGUGAAAGGACUGUACUGCGCAAUUAGCGUUCCUGGAGAGCCCGAGACUUGGGUGAAGGUUUUCAGGGUGCCACUACGGCGCUCGAAUCGGAAGUUGAAUUACGAACUCUCAAAUCACUUUGGCCGUGUAAAAAAGGUCAGCUGUCACAUGUGGUCUUGGCCAGAAGAAAAAGCCGACUCGACUACCCGUUACGUUCGCCUGUGCCUGAAGAAAGGGCUGGAAGAGAAAGAUAUACCGUACCUGUGGUUCUGUUUCGAGAGCGAUGCGUAUCCCAUCGUUGUCAAAGGGCGACCACCGCUGUGUUUCCGAUGCCACACCAUAGGUCAUAUGAAGCGUGAAUGUGAUCAGCCACCGUGCACCGGCUGCGACAGACACUUGCACGACACGCGGGCGCUGUCCGGUGGUGGAGGUGAACCUCUGACCAGUGACGCCGAAGGGAAGCAGAAGGUACUGGUGGAACCCGGAGACGUGCUAGUGGCCCCAACUGCAGCCAGCGGUAGUCAAGAGCAAAGUGUCAGCAACCAAAAAACUGCAAUAGACGUCGAGGAAACACCAGCCGAAGAGCCCCACGAAGUCACCGGGGCCGAUACUGAAACUGAGAACACCAGCGCUGUUACCCGCCGAGGAAGCGAUUCCGAAGGGGACAUUAUGUGCAGUUCUGGAGAAGCAAAAUAACCGAACGCUCUUCGCAGCUGUGAACGUCGUAUGCGCACGGAAAAGUUAUACGAACCACGUCGCUGUUUUCUCCGAAAUGAACGAUGGCGUGGAGCAAAGGAACGUUCCUUCGGAAAGAGAACGUGGCUUGUCUGGGACAUUCAGUAA